CGUGACCGCGUUGUCAUGACAGCGCCUCUUGUUGUUAGCCGCAGCUAGCUUUCGCUGUUAGCUCCCCGAGUUCACCGGGAGGUUGCUCGGUGUCCAACCAUGCCACCGAAGACCAAAACCAAGAAGUCCGGGAAGGGGAAGUCCUCCUCGGUGGUGGACGGCCUGUCCACGGAGGAGAUGUCCAAAGAUCAGCUGGAGGAACACAUCAUCCGUCUCCGGGAGGAGCUGGACCGAGAGCGGGAAGAAAGGAGCUUCUUCCAGCUGGAGCGGGACAAGAUCCAGGCUCUGUGGGAGAUCUCCAAGAGGAACCUGGAGGAGACCAGGGCCGAGCUGAGGAACCGACACAGGGAGAAGGAGGAGGCUGAGGAGUGCCACCGAGUGGAGAUCACAGUCUACAAGCAGAAGCUGAAGCACGUUCUGUCAGAGCACCACAACACGACGACCGAGCAGAAGCUGGAGGGUGUGACCUCGUCCUCGCUGGUCCAGAACCGGCACCGGGAGGCGGAGUUCGUGCUGCGCAGAGACGUUCAGGGCCUGCAGGCAGAACUCAGAGAGAAGAAGCUCCACGGCGAGAACUCCAUCAAGGAGCUGAAACUGAAACACCAGGUGGUGCUCAUGGAGCUGACCAACCAGUACGACCGCAGGAUCCGAGACAUGGAGCUGAAGUUCCACCACCAGAUGCAGUCUCUGAUGGAGGCGGAGGGGAAGCGUCGUCGGGCCGAGGUUCUGGAGCUGGAGGACCAGAUGAAGAGUCGCGUGGUGAUUCUGCUGGAGGACCAGGACCGGGCUCUGCGGGGAACAGAGGAGUUCUACGCUUCUGUCCAGAACAAGCUGCUGCUGGACCAGAAGCUGCUGAAGGAGGAGCUGGCUGAGCUGCAGAAGAAGCAGAACCGAGCAGACAGAGAACUUUCAGCGGCUCAGCAGGAGAACCGACGUCUGACCGAGGAUCUGCAGGAGGCGGAGCAGAAGCUGCCAGAACUUCAGAGACGGCUGCAGGAACACAACGAGGCCAAGGCCAGGAUGGAGGUGAGCCGGGCUCAGGUGAAGCUGAUGGCGAAGGAGCUCAGAGAUCUGACAGUGGAACACGAGCUGCUGCUGCAGGCCUUCCAGAAGGUGGAGCAGGAGCGUGACGAGCUGCUGACCCGGCAGACGGAGGCAGUUCUGGACCUGCAGCAGAGCAGUGGACUGAAGGAGACGCUGCUGCAGAAGAAGCUGGAGGUGCUGACAGAAACUCUGCAGAAGAAAGAGGUCCAGCUCUGCUCUGCUCUGACAGCGACCAGCAUGGAGGCAGGAAACAGCGCCACCAACAGGCUGGAGGAAAUCCUGCAGCAUCAUCAGGUGUCGGUCGGUUCGCUGCAGCAGGAUUUGGCUCAGGACUGUCAGGGAUACAACGAGCUGCUGCUCACCUGUAGGGAGAGGCUGAAGGCUCUGGGCAUCUCUCUGCAUGACUUCCCCUUCAGGCCGGCCGAGCAGAUCCUGAACCGACCCAAACCCUGAGCUGGAGCUGAGGGACGACUGUACGGGCUCCUGGAGACAUCUGGAGACACCUGGAGACUCCUGGAGACGAGCUGCACAACCUCAUGUGUGUAGUUUGGUCUACUGCUGCUCAGACUUGUUUUUACAUCAUGAAAAGUUUAUUUAGAUUUAAAACAAAAUGUGCAAAAAAACUGAAAACAUGUCUGGAGAAUAUAAAUGUUUGUGAAUAAAAGCUGUUUAAAUUUUU